AUGACUCGUAACUGGGAAAGCCAAGCCCAAAAAGGCAAAGACAUCUUAAAUAAUUCCAUUCCGAAGCAAUGGCUCCUUCCCAUCGAUAGGCUGCCGCCAGUCUCGCGGAAGAGUGUGGUUGAUUUUCCCAAGCAAAGCGGGUUGUUAAAUGAGCGCGAGCUCCUUAUUACUGAGAUGUCAGCCACCGCACUGGUGGCGGAAAUGGGAAAUGGAAAACUGAGCGCGGAAGAAGUGGUGGUUGCGUUCUUGAAGAGGGCUGUGUUGGGCCACCAACUGCUCAAUUUUGCAACAGAGUUUAUGGCAGAGGAGGCAAUUGCUCGCGCCAAAGAGCAUGACGAGUACUACAGACGCACAGGAAAACUGGUCGGGCCUCUGCAUGGCAUACCAAUCAGUGUAAAAGAGCACAUAUCUAUGAAGAACAGAACAUGCAACACGGGAUACGUAGCUUGGGUUGAUCAAGUCAGCACGGAAGAUGCUUUUCUCCUCCAACUCCUAUCUAAAGCUGGCGCCAUCUUCCAUGUCCGGACUAACCAGCCCCAAUCAUUGAUGCACCUAUGCUGCAGCAACAACAUCACCGGCACAACAUUGAACCCGCUCAACCGCACUCUAAGUCCAGGCGGGUCUUCUGGCGGCGAGGGCGCAUCAAUGGGCUUCCGGUGUGCACCACUAGGGAUUGGAACUGAUAUCGGCGGAUCAAUUCGCUGCCCCGCAGCGUUUUGCGGCGUGUAUGGCUUCCGUCCUUCUUCAAUGCGGAACCCUGUAACAGGACUCAAAGUGGCUGCUUCUGGCCAGGAGACUAUACACGGUGUGGUGGGUCCGUUAGCUAGUAGCUCCAUUGAGGAUCUAGAGCUGUUCCAGAAAGCUGCAUUGGAGCAGGAGCCUUGGGAUAUUGAGACGUCGCUGGUGCCUGUGCCAUGGAAGACGGUUGCUCCAACACGGGAUAUGACUGUGGCUAUUAUGUGGGAUGAUGGCUGCGUCCGCCCCCAUCCACCCAUCACUCGCGCGUUGAGACUUGCCAAGGAGAAGCUGGUAGCGGCAGGUGUGAAAGUCGUAGACUGGGAACCGUAUAAGCACCAGCACGGUUGGGAAGUUAUUUCCGCUCUGUACUACCCUGAUGCUGCCAGCAAGCAACGCGAGGUCAUUGCGCAAUCAGGCGAGCCAUUGCGCCCACUAACCGACUGGGCUCUCUCCUAUAGCCGAAGCACGCCUCUUUCUCACCCCGAGGCAUGGGCUCUGCAGGAGCAGCGUGAUAUCUACAGAGACGAGUACCAUGCUCUUCUUAAGAGUCGUGGUGUCGAUUUUAUUCUCUCCCCGACAUAUCCCGCUGCCGCGGCAGUGAUGGGCGAGUCGCAUUAUUGGAACUAUACUGCUAUUUGGAACUUGGUUGACCUGCCCUCUGUGGUGUUCCCAUCUGGAAUCACCGUGGAUCCCAAGGUAGACGUGUUAACAGAGCAGGAUAAGAGGUAUGUUCCCCGGGAUAAGGUCGAUGAGAGGGAGUGGCGUAAGUACGAGGACCCGGAGAGGUAUGAGGGCGCAUCGGUGGGACUGCAGAUUGCUGGCAGACGGUUUAAAGAUGAAGAGACGCUAGCAGCGGCGAAGGUUGUCGAGGAGAUUGUUAGGGAGACGAAGCACUUGAAGGUUUAA